CAGCUGUAGGUACAACUUCCGUGCACGUAAUACAUACGUCGCAAGUAUACCGACUGUCUCCAACUCUCAGGAAAACUUCACCCGAUUUCCUGAAGCCAGUGGUUGUUUCACAUGAUGGACGGUGACUCACUUUUAAUAACUUGUAGUGAUGAAUAUCGAUUGCUUGAAACAUACUGCCAGAAGAGGAGGAAGCCAAGCGCAAGCGCCUGUGAUGAGAAAUUUGGUGAUGUGGCUGAAAAACUGGCCCAGAUUGCAGACAACGGACUUCUUUUUGAUGAAGGACUAGAGCCAGACAGUCCUGUUGCGAAAGAGGCUAACUCAGAUGUCAUAGUGAGGCUUGUUGACUUGCUGAAGACAUCAGGGGACGAAUUGAAUGAAACGAUUCAGAGCAACCAAGAGCUUUUAGGAUACCUGCAGCAAACUUUCUCUUACGACUUGUUUAAAAAACUGACUAAAGCCUUCAUCACGAGUAGUGUACCAGAAUUUCUGCAGAGCAGAAAAAAACGUGAGCAGAUCGCCCUGGCCUUUGAGGUCACCAGCAGACUCAAAGCCCUGGACCUACACCCCAUGAACAGGGUCAUGGGAUACGGAGCUCAGUACCUGCAGGAGAACUUCGCUCCCUGGGUUAAACAGCAUGGUGGUUGGGAGAAAGCCUUUGAUGACGAUGAUGAUGAAGAGGUCCAUUGACAAGACUGUGAAAUGGAUGGUUAUUAGUGAUCAAAGUGAUAUUUAUGAAAUAAAGAUAUUAUUAUCUACUAUAAUAGAUU